AUGCUCGGCAGCCUGUAUAUCAAAGCAUCCCCAAUUGACACCUCCCUCGACUAUUUCAACGUGGGCACCUUCACCCGCCGUGUCACUACCAAGAGUGAAGCCGCACAGACCUGGUUCGACCGCUGCUUCAUCUGGGCCUACUCCUUCAACCAUGAAGAGGCGGAGCACUGUUUCGAGCAGGCGGCUGUGCAUGAUCCCAGCUGCGCCAUGGCAUAUUGGGGGUUGGCCUUCGCGGCGGGGCCCAAUCACAACAAGACCUGGGCAGCCUUCGACCCGAAGGACCUGAAAACCUCCUUCCCCAAAUGCCACCGUCUCGUCAAGCUAGCCGAGCAGAAGCUUCAGGACUGCAACGCCACGCCCAUCGAGCGCGCCCUCAUCCCCGCCCUGCAACACCGCUACCCGACCUCCACCGUCCCCUACGAAUUCGACACCUCCAACAAAGCCUACGCAGACGCGAUGCGCGAAGUCUACACGCAGUUCCCCACCGACCUGGACGUGCUCACCCUCUUCGCCGACGCGCUCAUGAACUGGAAACCGCGCCAGCUCUUCGUAACGCACAGCAGCCUGCUCAACGAGAGCUCACCCGUGCACGAAGUCCGCCGCGUACUAGAGACAGCACUCGCGCAGCCAGGCGGCACAAAGCACCCAGGCGCGCUGCACAUGUACAUCCACCUAAUGGAGCGGUCCGCAUGGCCGCAAACCGCCCUACAGGCUGCCAACCACCUGCAGAGCUUGGUGCCAGACGGAGGGCACAUCUGGCACAUGCCGACGCACAUCUACGUGCUGGUAGGCGACUACCGACGAUCACUAUACAACAACCUGCAAGCGACGCUGGCCGACGACAGCUUCUUCCGCACGCGCGGCGGCGAGAACUUCUAG